AUGUCCAUAGCAGGGCAGACCCGUCAGCUUCCUCCAACCCCUACGCAAGCCAAAAGUCCACCUCCCAAGCAAAACUUUGAGGGCCACGCGAGGACUAUUCGAGAUUUCGUCUUUUUGCACGAUAACAUCCACAUCGUGACUGGUUCAGAAGACGGCACAAUGCGCAAGUGGAACUACGACACAGGACUUCUUGUUGGGAAACCAUGGAGUGGGGAAGGCGGGAGCAUAUAUGCACUGGUAUUAUCACCAGAUGGCAAGACAAUUGCAUGUGGGAGGGCAGAUGGAAGCGUUCAACGAUGGAAUACGGAUGGACAGAUGAUGCUUGAAGGUGUUUGGACGGGUCAUAAUGAUUGGGUGCGGUCCCUCUCGUGGUCUCCUAACGGAAGUCAUAUUGCCAGCGGAUCCGAUGACGGAACAAUCCUCAUUCGAAAAGUGGAAAGCGGAAUAGUAGAGGUUGGCCCAAUCAAGACGAAGCAGUACCGGGUGUGUGCUCUUGCGUACUCACCUUCAGGAAAUAGAAUAGCAUCAGGCGGGUGGAACACAACAAUUUGUAUAUGGGACAGCAAGACCGGCGAGCUUGCUCUCGGGCUCAUCCAAGGCCUGGGUUACGAGGUGACCUCGGUGGUGUGGUCGUCGGACAGCACGAAGCUCUACUCCGCAUCCGACAAAUCAGCACGCGUUUUCGACAGCACCUCAGGCGCACUACUUCACUGUUUCCAGCAUGUCGAUGUUUUGUAUUCCAUUGCACUUUCACCCACACACAAUGUCCUGGCGUGCGUGGGCGAUCAAGGUGUUGUACAACUAUGGGAUACAGAAUCCUACAAGUUAGUUGGACAGCCAUUUGGCCAGAAUCACAAAAUACUCCGCUGUGCAUCAUUUUCUCGAGACGGGAGAUACCUAGCGUGUGGCGGACACGACAGGACACUUGCUAUGUGGACUGUUGACGACAUAGCUCCUCAGCUUAUACCAACUGCAAAGUUAUCUUGGGGUGAUCAUGUAAGUGACGAAGGACACGUCGAUCUCUGGGACUCACUUCUCUGGUAUUAUUCACAGAAAUCUCUACCGUUGGAAUCAUCUGGCACCCAUGUACCUCACGUGUCUUUCAUUCGUCGCCUGUGGAACGUCAUCUCACGACACCGUCCGCCUGCAAACGAAUCUGUUUCACAAGAACCCCCCAACCGCGGUUUCUUUGCUCGUUGUUCUCGCUCAAAUUCAUCCGUAACCAUCGUAUCCAGCCAACCAACAGCAUGGAAGGUCUGGCCAGGAGAAGACUUGGGAAAAGACGAACAAGAGGAAGAUAUGGGCGCAAGCAAACUACAAGAAUAUGGAAGCAAACAACGGAAUGGAUCUCUUGUCGACAUUCCGAGCCCACCUCCCUAUAAUUUCGCUCCCCAGGCUGAGCUCCACAGCGAAGAACAUAGAAACUUCUGGAGGCGGGUAAUGCAGGCCCCACCUCCCUAUGAUCUUACUCCCCCUGCUGAGCUCCGCAGCAAAGUGAAUAGAAGCUUCUGGAGACGGCUGAUGCACAUUUGA